AUGGUAUGUUGGUUUGCAUUACAACCGGUUCAAGUUUUAAAUCCAGGCGCCGAUGAGGAAAAGGCUGAAACGGCGCGUCUAUCUUCUUGUAUGGGUGCUAUUGCCAUAGGAGAUUUGGUCAAAAGCACCCUCGGUCCUAAAGGAAUGGAUAAAAUCCUUUUGGCCGGUGAAACUUUCGAAGUUACCAAUGAUGGUGCCACAAUCCUUAAAUCAAUUGGCAUCGACAACCCCGCCGCCAAAAUUCUUGUCGAGAUGAGCAAAGUUCAAGACAACGAAGUUGGUGAUGGAACAACUUCUGUCACUGUCUUGGCUUCUGAGCUUCUUCGGGAAGCGGAGACUCUUGUUUCUUCAAAGCUUCAUCCACAAACUAUCGUGUCUGGUUGGCGGGAGUCCACGAAAGUUGCUUUAGACGCACUUGAAAAGGCUGCUAAAAUUCACCCAGGCGAUGAUUCUGGUCGUCAUAAUGAUGCCAAUUUCAAAGAACAACUUCUUAGGGUUGCCAGAACUACUUUAAGUUCUAAAUUGCUGACCCACCAUAAGGAGCAUUUUGCAAAACUGGCUGUAGACGCUGUUCUUCGUUUAAAGGGUAGUGGAAACCUUGAUGCUAUUCAGGUAAUUCAAAAGCUGGGCGGCACAUUGUCUGACUCUUACCUAGACGAAGGUUUCCUGCUGGACAAGAAAAUUGGCGUAAACCAACCCAAACGUAUUGAAAAUGCCAAAAUUCUCAUUGCAAACACUCCGAUGGAUGCUGACAAAAUCAAAAUUUUUGGUUCAAAGAUUCGCGUCGAUGCCAUUUCCAAGAUAGCUGAUUUGGAAAUCGCUGAAAAAGAGAAAAUGAAGAAUAAGGUUGAGAAAAUUAUCAACCAUGGUUGCAAUGUUUUCAUCAACCGUCAGCUGAUCUACAACUAUCCCGAACAACUUUUUGCCGAUGCUCAUGUAAUGGCCAUAGAGCAUGCCGACUUUGAGGGGGUCGAACGACUUGCGCUUGUCACUGGUGGUGAAAUCGUCUCCACCUUCGAUUCUCCAGAGACUGCGAGACUCGGUCACUGCGAUCUUAUUGAAGAAACAACGAUCGGGGAAGACCGUCUCAUCAAAUUCUCUGGCGUUGCACUCGGUGAGGCCUGCACGAUUGUGCUGCGUGGAGCCACCAAUUCGAUUCUGUCAGAGGCCGAACGCUCGUUGCACGAUGCACUCUGUGUGUUACAGCAGACCGUGAAGGAUCCACGCACCGUAAGCGGUGGAGGCGCCAUGGAAAUGCUCAUGGCUGAAGCCGUUGCAAAAGCUGCUGCUUCGACUCCUGGGAAAAUGGCAAUCGCUAUGGAGGCCUUUGCAACUGCUCUACGGCGUCUACCCGCUAUAAUUGCUGAUAAUGGCGGUUAUGACAGUGCCGAACUGGUUUCUCAACUUAGGGCUGCUCAUGCCACAGGCACCUCCGAUAUGGGUCUUGAUAUGGAACAUGGUUGCAUCGCCAAUAUGGAAGAUCUGGGGAUUACCGAAUCCUAUAAUGUGAAGCGCCAGAUGAUCAUAUCUGCAUCUGAGGCUGCCGAGAUGAUCAUCCGAGUAGACGACAUUAUGCGGGCCGCGCCACGUAAACGCCGCGAACCCCAUCACUAA